AUGAGUUCACUUCCAAAUCCAUCUUAUUUGUCUGUGACACCCAAUGAAAGAAGUCAUCGUCAUCGAAGAUCUCAAGCAAUUUCGGGGGAUUUUGAUGCUAUGGGUUUAGGGUUGUUUUCUCCUAGUAGUCAUAAUUAUUCGAAGUCCAUCAAUUCCAAAGAUGAAAUCGAUAGACUUUAUAAGUUCGAUAACGAGAAAGAUUUUGCUCCGACUAAUUCUUUUGCAUUUCCCAACAAAGAGAGAACAGAUGUGAGUUUUUCUUUUCCAAGGGAAAAAAUAUUCGAAAGGUUUGAAAAGGGUGAUGUUUCAACACCUCCCAGAAAUCAUUUUACCAAUUCACCUAAUUCUAAAAAAUUAAAUUUAAAUUCGCCUAUCAAAUUGAACUCAAAAAAAUCGGGCAAUUUAAGGAACAAGUUCUUUUUAACGGAUGACACUACCAUUACUAAUGAUAUUCCAGAUGCAUUGAUUGAUUUAGAUGAGGUUUUGAAUGCUAAUUUACACAUUGGUAAUAAUGAGUGUUCUAAUUCAAACAAUUCCAUUUAUUCGGAUGACGAAUUUUUGGCUUCACCUUUUUUGAAACCAGUUUCCUCACCUUAUGCUUUUUCUCCAUCGGUGUCUUUACCCAAUACUUUAUUUCAACAACCAAUACAAGAAACUAAUGAUGAUAUUGAAGUAAGUGAUGAAGAAACCGAUCACCAUCAUGGCAUUCAUGAUACAUCUGGAACACAUGACGAAGCAUUGACCAUGGAUGAAAUUUAUCAUCCGCCAAACAUCCCUGACUUGUAUUGCAACUCAUCGGCAAAUUCUUCAACUUCGUCGUUGAAGAAUAAAUUAAUCGAAAAAACUUUUUCAAAUUCUUCAAAGGAUUCGAACAACUCGAAUUUCCUCACAAAUAAUACCACCCCUAAGAGGUCUGGGGCAAAAGCCAACAGAUACCAAUCAUUCUAUGAUCAAACUCACAAGGUAUCUACCGCAUUGAAAGUUUCAUCGUCUGAGAGUGUCAAUCUCAUCAAAUCGAAUUCUCCCAAUCAGUCACUCCAAAAUUUGAAUCAUAGCACCAGUAAUCAUGGUCUGUUGAAUCAGCAAUCGCUGCAGGUUUUCCAUUCACAAUCACCCCACUUAAAUAAUAAUGUUCUAAAAUUAAAAGAUACCAGGUUAGCUCAUUCUUCAAGUUUACCGAGCUUGAAGUCGAAUAGGCCCUUGCCAAAAUUUCAUCGCUAUGGUGACUUGAGAAAGUAUGAAAUCAACAAAUUAUCUCCACCGCCUAGUCUUGUUUCGUCCAACAAUUCAACUUCUCAUCACACAUCGCAACCUAACAAUGUAAACAUCGCCACGAGUCAGACUAGUUCAACACCACAGAGAAAGCUCAAAGAAAAAUCUGAAGCAUCUCCAUCAUCAUUGAAAAUUUCCAAUAGUCCAAUUAGUAUUAUUUCAGAUGCCGGAUCAACUAUAAUAUCAACUAAUGGUACUAUUCAAACUGACCAUUCCACAAUAAGUCACCAGUCUUUAUUCCCAGAACAGUCUCCACCUUCAAUAGUUGUGAGUGGGGAAGUGGAAGAUCUCAAAACUGUUCAAAAUUCUCCAAAUUUGUCAUUGAAAGAUAAUUCUUCGGCUUUCAAAGGCAGAAGGCCCUUGACUCCACAAGAAUCGAAAUUAUUCAAAGAGACCAAAAUACCCCCUUUCAAGAAAAGGGAAGUAUCUAAUUUGAAGUCUCCAAGUCAUCAUAGAAAGUCAAAAUCUUUUUCUUUCGGUCUAGACUUGACCCCCAAGAUUUCAAUUGACGAUAACUGUUCUAUCAAAUCUUCAAAGUCCCACAGAUUCAUAAGUUGGUUCAAAAAGAGAUAG